AUGUCAAUCGGAAUCGCAAUCAUCGGAGCCGGGAUUUUUGCACGACAAGAACAUCUCCCAGCCGUCCAAGCCACCCCUCUCCUCUCCCUCAAAGCAAUCUACUCUCGCUCCAAAGCAUCCGCCGACAAACUUGCCAAAAGCGCGGCUAAGCCCGUCAAGACAUACUAUGACUCGCCGGCCACAUCCGGUCACUCCCUCGACGAUCUCCUCGCCCACCAAGACAUAGAUGCCGUGAUAAUAGCCUUGCCAAUUUGCGUUCAGCCAAGCGUGAUCAAAGCAGCAAUUGAGGCCGGAAAGCACGUGCUGAGCGAGAAGCCAAUCGCAAAGGACAUAGAGACAGCUGCGCAUCUGAUACGGUGGUAUAAACAUCAAAGACGCGAGGAGACAUGGAGUGUGGGCGAGAACUUCAGGUUCUUCGAGCCAAUCGUGUUCGCCGUCGAACAGAUCAAGAAGCUUGGCGGAGAGUUGGUCACCUUCAGCGUUGACGUACAUGCAUACAUUGAUGAAAACGAUGAGUAUUUUCAGACGGCAUGGCGCCAAAAGCCCGACUAUCAAGGUGGCUUCCUUCUCGAUGGUGGUAUCCAUUUCGUCGCAGCCCUUCGGUGUCUCUUAGAAGCUGCAGGCCAGUCAAUCUCAGUAGUAAGAGCUUCCACGUCCCUCAUCAAAGAGGACCUCGGACCAUUGGAUACGCUCAACGCCAAUAUGACCACUACCGAUAAGCGCAAUGGCACGUUCAACCUCUCCUAUGGAUCCAAAUUCAGGCGUGACUGUCGGGUCUGUAUUGUGACUACCUGUGGCGCUGUGGUAGUGAGUCCAAGUGAAGUCACAGUAUCGACCGGCGACAAGACUACAACCCAAAACAAAACAUUCAGAUUCCCACCCGGUAGUGGAGUUCGCAAAGAGGUGGCUGCAUUCGCCGAAAGCAUCUCUGCAAAGGAGCCGAACCCGAGAGGGUCUCCCGAGCAGGCGUAUCUCGACUUGAAGCUUUUGCAGGGCAUGCUAGAGUCUGGUGAGGAAGAAGGUGCGGCGAAGAGAAUAUAG